AUGGACAAAGAGCCGGAGUCGACGGACGCAUUGCUCCUAUAUUUGUGGCUGGACGUUACGAGGAAGUUUCCCACCAAGCCGAUGAACUUGGAACGAGAAUCAGAGGAAGAUAUGGUAACCUCCUACCUGAGUCUUGUGAUCAAUCCCUUCGUCACAUCCAGCAAGCAAACGCGCGCGGUUUGGCCCAACACCGCAUCCACCAUUGCACACAAGCAGAAGACAGUGGGGCGUGCACGUCAACCAGACUUCAAACUGGCCUAUAUGCAGCAAUGCCGGGAAGUAGCUGAAUGUGGUUAUGGGGAG